AUGAGAACUUGGAAAGCUGGAACUGAUUGUUGUUCAUGGAAUGGUGUGAGAUGCAAUAAGAAAACCGGUGAUGUAGUAAGCCUAGACCUGAGCAUGAGUUGGCUUCAAGGUCCUUUGCUUCCAAACAGCAGCCUCUUCAGAUUGAAUCAGCUUCAAAAGGUCAAUCUUGCCUACAACAACUUCAGCUUCUGCUCCAUUCCUUCCGAGUUUGGACAGCUUUCGAGGUUAACAUAUCUUAACCUCUCCUUUUCCGAGUUUUCUGGGAUUAUUCCAUCUAAAAUCUCAUGGCUGACAAAAUUGAUUUCACUUGAUCUUUCAUCUUAUUCAUACUUUUUUUAUGAAAUGGAUUUUUUAUUUCUUAGAAAAGUUGACCAGACGAGGUUUAUAAAAAAUUUGACAAAUCUAAGAGAGCUACACCUAAGUGGUGUAAACCUUUCUUCAUCAUCACCACUACUUGAAUCCUUGGUAAAUUUGUCUUCGUUGACAUCUAUCUCUCUUUAUGGAUGUGGUUUGGUGGGUGAGUUUCCUAAAAGCAUCUUCCUCUUGCAUAAUCUACAAUCCAUUGAUGCUUCGAACAACCUUUUGCUCACAGGUUUUCUCCCGGAAUUUAAUUCCAGCAGCAACCUAAAGUCAAUACACAUCUCCAUGACAAACUUCUCUGGAACAUUACCUGAUUCAAUUGGCAACCUCAAGUCCUUGAAAGUUCUGGAUCUCAGUAAUUCUUAUUUUUCAGGGACAGUUCCAUCUUCUAUUGGGAACCUUUCUCAACUCACAAGUCUUGGCCUUUCAUCGAAUAACUUUUAUGGAAGAUUGCCUGAUUCAAUUUCGAACCUCAAGUCCUUGAACACGAUGGGUCUCGAUUCUUGUAAUUUUUCAGGGACAUUUCCAUCUUCGCUUGAGAACCUUUCUCAAAUCACAUUUAUUGAUCUCUCACGGAAUGAGUUCCAUGGUCAGCUUCCAUCUUUGCGGAAACUCGUGAAGCUCACUGUUCUUUCACUGUCGUCUAAUAAAUUUAGCGGUGAAAUAAUCUCAUCGCUUUUAAACGUCACACAACUAGGAUAUUUCGAUGUUUCCACAAACAAUUUUGAUGGAGGCGUCCCCUCAUUUUUAUUUAAUAUGUCUUCUAUGGGUGUCCUGUCCUUGAGUGGUAAUCGGUUUACGGGCCCUCUCAUUAUCCAAAACAUCUCUUCAACCCAUUUGGAGAUUUUGUCACUAAGUGGAAACAAGCUAAAUGGUCGAAUUCCGAGUUCGAUAUCCAAACUGGCAAAGCUGGUAAUUCUUGAGCUUAAUUCUAAUAGCUUCAGUGGCACAGUUGACUUGGGCAUCUUCUCCAAAAUGAAAAACAUCAAGAAUCUUGAUCUUUCAGAUAAUAGCCUUUCCAUAUCAAAUGUACGUAUGAUUUCUACUCUUCCCAUGUUUUGGAUUUUAACUUUGUCUUCAUGCAACAUAAGUGAGUUUCCUGGUUUUUUGAAAGACCAAAAUCAUUUGACGGUUUUGGAUCUUUCCAACAACAAGAUUGGAGGCCUUAUUCCCAAAUGGUUUCUCAGCAUAGGAAUAGAGACUUUGUAUUUUCUAGAUCUUUCUAGUAACUUCAUUAGCGGUUGGGAGGAAGCCCCGUUGAAGCUUCCAUGGAAGAUACUCAACAUGUUAGACUUCCAUUCCAACCAGUUACGAGGUUCACCUGUAGUUCCCCCCCCCCCAUCCAUAUUGUUCUUCCUCAUCUCGGAAAAUAACUUGACAGGAAGAAUUCAUCCUCUAUUUUGUGAGUUGAGUAAUCUUAAAAUCCUUGAUAUGUCGAAUAACCAGUUGGAUGGGACCAUUCCACAAUGCUUGGGUAACUUUAGCAAUUCUCUGGAGAUAUUGGAUCUCAAAGGGAACAACUUUCAUGGAAAUAUUCCGCACAUGUCUACAAAUGCAAGCAAUUUAAAGACAUUGGACCUAAGUUACAACCAUUUACAGGGGAAGGUACCAAAAUCAUUACUCAAUUGCAAAGACUUAGAAGUUCUAAAUCUUGGCCACAAUAAGAUAAAUGACAAAUUCCCUUUUUGGUUACAAAAUUUGUCAGAGCUUCAAGUUCUUGUAUUGAGAUCAAAUAACUUCUAUGGUCCUAUAUGGGAUCCUCAUAAAUUCUUUGGCUUCAUGAAGUUGCGCAUUAUUGACCUGUCUUUUAAUAAUUUUAGUGGAAGUAUACCAUCGGAAUACUUUAGUAAUUGGAGUUCCAUGAUAAAACCUCCUGAUGGAAACGAGUCGCAGUUGCAUUAUAUGGGUCAUGAGUCUGGUUAUUAUGUUGACUCGGUGAUUGUGAUGAACAAGGGAAUGGAGAUUCUAUUAGUGAAGAUCAUAACCAUUUUCACAUCCUUUGAUCUCUCAAAUAACAGAUUCAACGGAAAAAUUCCCAGUACAAUAGGUGAUCUUCAAUCGCUAAUUGUGCUCAAUUUGUCAAGUAACAGUUUCACCGGCCUCAUGCCGUCGUCUUUAGAGAACCUCACUAAGCUUGAAUCAUUGGAUCUCUCUAAAAACAAGCUCAAUGGUAGAAUCCCUCAGGAACUAACAAGUCUCACAUUUCUUGCAUAUUUGAACCUGUCGGAGAACAAUUUCACGGGCCCUAUACCACAAGGCAGACAAUUUAAUACAUUUCUUAAUUCAUCUUUCGAAGGGAAUCCAGGGCUAUGUGGAACUCCAUUGUCAAAUAAAUGUGAAUAUAACAAUGGUACACCAAGUUCUGAGCCUGACAAUGAAUCAGAAUCCGUGGUUGGUUUUUCUUGGAAAAUAGUACUGAUGGGAUAUGCAUGUGGAGUAGUAAUCGGCGUGGUCAUUGGACAUGUCACAAUAUCAAGAAGGUUGAACUGGUUCCUAAUUAGAACUUUCUGUGGGAAUAUUCGCAUAUGA